CCUCGCCCCUUCCUCCCGCCUUUGCCAUGGCGACACCGAGUGGCCUGAUCCGGGCCCUGCACCGCGGGACCCUCGGCCAGGAGUGAUGCAUCAGAAAGUGGAUUCUCUUUUAGCUUCAAGUGGUACAGAAUUGCAUCUUCUACCCACAAGGAGAGCAUGAAGGUUGGAAGUAGCAAACUGCUUUUGACUGAGUUAAAAAAGCUGGAAAUGCUUUUUUAACCUGUUAGACAGCAAAGACCCAUGAUGUUUCCUGGUGUCCAAUAUGGGGUGCUUCAGCAUAUUGGAAUCUACAGGACCUUUAGGAAAGAUCCAAGUGAUUUGAGAAAUGCUUUCCAAGUACAGAUAUCUCUAUCUGAAUUAAUAAUAUGGUCGUGGCCCGGAUUUUCUCUGGUAUCCAGCCAACUGGGACGCCUCAUCUGGGUAACUACCUUGGAGCCAUUCAGAACUGGGUGAAUCUGCAGGAAGAGUACAGCUCAGUGCUGUAUAGCAUUAUGGACAUGCACUCUCUCACCAUGCCCAAGGAGCCAGCUGUCCUGCGCCAGAACAUACUGGACACCACUGCCGCCAUCCUUGCCUGUGGUAUUGACCCAAAGAAGUGUUUCCUGUUCCGACAGUCACUGGUUCCUGAGCAUGCAGAACUUGCCUGGAUUCUUGGGUGCUUAACUAAUGUGCCACGUCUGCUACGUUUGCCCCAGUGGAAGAUGAAGCGUGCCAGCCAGAAUAGCGAAGGAACUGUUGGUUUGUUGACUUACCCUGUGCUUCAAGCAGCAGAUAUUUUGCUGUACAAGUCAACACAUGUUCCUGUUGGAGAAGAUCAAGUCCUGCACCUGGAACUAGCCCAAGAUAUAGCACAACAUUUCAACAAGAAAUAUGGAGAAUUUUUUCCUGUGCCCAAAGCCAUUUUAAGUACAACAAAGAAAAUAAAAUCCCUCAGAGAUCCAGCAGUGAAGAUGUCCAAGUCAGACCCACAGAAGUUAGCUACUGUUAACAUAGCAGACAGCCCUGAUGAAAUAGUGCUGAAGUUUCGCAAAGCUGUGACUGACUUUACCUCUGAGGUGACCUAUGACCCAGCUGCUCGCCCUGGUGUCUCCAAUCUGGUGUCCAUUCAUGCUGCAGUAACAGGGCUCAGCAUCAAGGAAGUGCUGCACCAAGCCACUGGUCUCGACACUGCUCACUACAAAAUGGUGGUGGCAGAGUCAGUUAUUCAAAAAUUUGCACCUAUCAGGAAUGAAAUCAAGAAACUCCAGGAAGACAAGCCCCAUCUGAUAAAGGUUUUAGAGGAUGGAGCAGAGAAAGCCAAAGAACUGGCUGCCCCCAUCUAUCAAGAAAUAAGAAGACUGGUGGGAUUUCGAUAGAAGCUACUGAGUAGUUGCAAGGACUUUUGUAUCAUGGGACAGACAUUUUGUUAUUUGUAAUAAAAUCACUUAUUAAUUAUUAAUCAUUUUGGUUUGAAACAAAAGCUUUUUUCCCUGGAAGAUCCAAGUAGAUUGAAGAACAUUGAAGGUGAUAGCAUUAAAAAAUGUGCAUAUUACCAGUGGGACCAUAAUUAAGCUUGUCUGGAUAGUCAAAGAGGGAGGGCAGAAACAAUCACAGUUCAAGGAAAUUGAGCAAAAGCAGAAUAUAAGGUUGCCUCUAUGGAGUUUUUUGAUUUUUCCAUUGACCGCUGCAAGAAGCUGAAGUUUAGGCAAGGUGAUCAGAAUCUACCAGAAAGAUUUGUAAUCCUUUCAAGAACAUACUUAGCUGUGUAUGUAAUCUUGUUACAGAUGGACAGUUCAUCCCAUUGGGGGUUAUUCAGCUUUGAUAUGGUGGUUGAACAUGUUUUGGAUAACCAGAAUAAAAGCAGAGACUUACAAAUAAAUGCUCAGGGUGAUGAAGAGAGAA